AUGGCCGAAGUAUUUCAACCCACUUUUUACAAUAACCCCCGCGGUACAAUAUCACAAAAUCAAAGUAUCUCAACUAAAGCACCCAAUUCACCAAAUCCUGCACGUAGCCACGCCAUGUCACAGCCCAAAAACUGGCCCUCGGGUCUGUCAUACCUUUCAGCGCCGGCGCACUCCAAGCUCUUGAGCCAAGCACAACGGCAAGCCAUCGCACAGAAACCACCAGACGUGCCCGACAUCCCCGCGCAAGCCACCGUGCUCCCCAGCCCGCUGGUCAAGAUCACGCCCAUCACGGACGCGGGGCACCCGGCCCAGGGCCAGUGCGGGCUCUUCGCGACACGGCACCUCAAGCCGGGAACGUUUGUCCUGCCGUACCUGGGCACGGUACACCCCGGGGCCGGGGCCUUGGGAGCCGAAGCCGGGACGGAGAAGUCGGAUUACGACCUGUGGCUGGACCGGGAGGCCGAGGUGGCGGUGGACGCGGACAAGGGCGGGAACGAGGCGAGGUUCAUCAACGAUUAUCGGGGCGUCGGGGAGAGGCCGAAUGCGGAGUUUCGGGAGGUUUGGUGUCAGAGAUGGAGGCAGAAGUGUAUGGCUGUGUGGGUGCUGCCCGAGGGCAAGAAUGGACGGGGGAAGGGGGGUAUUGGGAAGGGGGAGGAGAUUUUGAGAAAGGUCAAGAUGAAUUUCAAGGCAGCCAUAUUCAAGAGCCUCGGACUUCUUGGCCAAUGUUACUACGCUGUGCCUGUCCGGCUUGGUGCCACGACGUGCCCAAGGUCGAAGAGGCUGUGCCAAAACAUGCCCGAACCGAUGAUGUACUUAAUAGUACUGGAACGUAAGAACGACGGCAACCUGAAGGCUCCGCGAAUACAUGGGCGUAGCUGCCACAGCUUCUCGUCGAAAACAAAGAACUUAACGAGUGAGGCUCUCGAAAACAACUAUAUGUGGUAUCGAGACAUACCUACAGUCUGCAUAUAUCACAAUCAACUAGAGACCGAAUGCUUUGAAUCACGCCGCGGCGCGGCCAACUAUAAUGCCCUCCGGCAUAGACUUCCGUGGAAGGCAUCAUCACUUCUGAGCCGGGCGUGGUCAACCACUGCGGUCUGCCGCAUAUGCGUCGGGCAACGAACUGUGUUUGACAUCGGGAUUGCACGAAUCCCGUCCAAGCCUCACGUGUAUGGCUACGAACGUCGAACGAGCACUUUUCUGCCUGGGCAUGGCGCCAAGCCGAUGGCGGAUUACUCUGGCUUUGCCCAGAUGUGUAGUCCGUCCAGUUUCAUCUUUUCCCUUUCGGAUGUUAAGAUUCUGAAUAUGAACGCUGCUUUGAAAUAG